AUUCCGGUAAAAAUUAAUUAAUUGUCGAAAGUUACCCUUUUUAAAGGUUAUUUCGAAAACUGCAUAAAUUUUGGGCUCCCUGUGGCAAAAGCCUGGUCGCCUAGUUAAUUUGGCAUUUCCAGACGAUAUAGUGCUAUUUCUCGAUAAUUUUUUUGAUUAUUUUUCGCUUUUAAAAUGUCUUUAAACUGGAACCUUUGUGCCUUAUGUCAAAAAGACACAAAAGAAAAGAUUUUAUGUCCGGAAAAAGCUUCAAAUACUUUACUUGCUGGCUCAAGUUACAAGACAAUUGCAGAAAACUUGAAAGAAUUCGAGAAACUUGAUUCGCUACCUAUUAACAUUCCACUUUCUUCUCUUGAUGAUGGCAGAGGCAUUGAAAAUACUUUAAGAAAUCACAGAGCAUCAUGGCACAAAUCGUGCUAUAAUAAAUGCAAUACGCUAAAGCUUCAGCGGGCACAAAAGCGCAAAAGUGAAGAGGAAUUUUCAACUGAGGAUCCAGCAAUAUUAGGAGCUACUAGUCCAGCUAAAACAAGAAGAAAGACAUUUGAAUUGUCAAGUAAGAGUAGCAAUGCUUUAUCAUGUUUUUCUGUGAUUGCACAGAGGGUGAUUUGCAUAAAGCAGAAACCAUGUCAAUUACCAAUAAUGUUCAAUCAGCGGCCGAGACGCUUCAAGAUUACAAACUGUUAG